CACAGGUUUGUGGUUAUUUAUUUAUUGUUAAAUCUAAAGGUCUUCAUUUUAAUACAUGUUCAAUAGGCCUAUGUAGAGUUUUGUGAGUUUGAUUAUGUGUUUACAUACCUAGAACCCCCACUAAACAUUUUGGCCACCACUUUCAAUUUCAGUCUUUAUCUUUCUUGUCCUCAAAAGACAACCGUAGACAGCACUACAAACACAUGCAAACACACAGUUAACCACGACGAAUAGAAAUAUUAUAUUAGGGAGACACUAAACUAAAGGAGUAGCUAGACAGCCAUGUUUGGUGCUAAUUCAGCUUGACUGAAGAUGACUUGAUCUGAACUGGAGGACUUGAUCUGCAGGUUUGAGAUACUAUUCAUUAGGGGGUUUGACAGGAAACAAAAGAAAAAGGUACAUAUGGCAGAUUUCUUAAAAAAUAAAUAAAAAUGAAUUAAUUCCCAUUAUGAAUUUUCCCACAGUUGUGAAUGUGAACAUGGUUUCACUGGUUGUAGUGGCUGUAUUUCUCCUCCAGGGGGCUCUCUUUCAGCCCCCUCAGGCGUCAGGAUUCAAAAUCCUCCCUGCUGAUGGAUCCCUCACACAUCAACAAAUCACUGAGGCAGCUUUCCUCCGCAAGAUGGCAGAAGUGUGUCGUGAUGUAGCCGCUGCCCGGGGGCGAGACUUUACACUACCUAUCAACAGCAAAUUGACUCCAACUGCCGUCCAGAGAGCCUGCUCAAAUUCAUAUUCCUCCUUAUUAAAAAUACCCACUUUCAGUCUGGCUAUUUCUCAGACUUCCCUUAGCAAUGCAGCUGUGGAUGGAAAGCUGUUAAGUACUGCUCAUCAUUUUGAUAAUGAAGAUUUCAAAAAUGGACGGGACCUCAUCACUCAGGGCAUUGCUGCAGUGAAAGUCAGCAUGAAACAGGGGAGAUAUUUGUCUGCCCGCACCAGUCUGGGGGCUGUAUGUCAUACAUUACAGGACUUCUAUAGCCACAGUAACUGGGUGGAACUGGGAAGCACUGCUCCUUUCAGCACUCUGAUCAGACCUGACCUUCCCCUCAACAAUCUAGCAGGUCCCAAUACAAAGAUAUGCAAAAGCUGUGUUGGAAAAGACUGCAGUGACAACAUUCUCCCAGAGAUACUGCAGCAGAAGAUCUUAACUUCAGGAUAUUUCCACUUGUUUUCCUCAAACAAACCUGAAGGCAAAUGUAGCCAUGGCGGCUUUCUUGAUAGGACCAGUUCUAGAGACCCCACCGGAGGCAUCAAUAAGGACGGCAUCAGCUCAAAUCAUGGCUUCCUUCACCAGCGUGCUGCUGAAAUGGCCAUCAACGCUACUGUGGAACUGCUGGAAGACAUCCGAGUGGCAACAGGAAACCAAGCCUUUCUUCAAUUGAUGGGCCUCAAUCAGACCUCAGUUCUGGCUUUUGUGUUUGACAUCACAGGAGAUUUGUCUAGUUACAUCUCAAAGGCCAAGAGAGCGUCCUUCAGUAUCAUAGACAGCAGGAGAGGAACAUCGGAGGAACCUUCAGAAUAUAUUCUAGUCCCAUUUAAUAACCAGGAUUCUGGACCUCUGAUAAGGACUGGGAAUGCAGAUACAUUCAAAAGACAUAUUAAUUCCCUUUCAACAUCUGUUGGUGGAAACUUCUCAGAUAUGGCACUAUCAGGACUCCUGUUGACACUGACACAAGCUCCUCCAUCAUCAGACAUUUUUGUUUUCACUGAUUCUUCAGCAAAGGACUCUGAAUUAAAAAGUGCAGUUGAGGGCAUGAUAGAAAUCACAAAGUCAACAGUCAAUUUCCUGCUGACAAGCUUCUCCUCGCGUAGUGGAAAGAAUAUCUCGUCGUCAAGAUUAUUGUCUCAGUCAGACAUACAGCUGUACAGAGACCUGGCCCAUGUUUCUGGUGGGCAGACCAUAGAGGUCACAGACACUAGAUUGUCUCAAGCCAUCAUUACUGAUGUAAUCACUGCUGACCUGGUGACUGUGCUAGAGAGAAGUUCAGCCAAGGCAGACAACUUUUCUUUUUUCUUAGAUCCAUCUCUGUCCAAUGUGACUGUGUAUGUCACCGGAGACUCUCCGGUCUUUAUCCUCUACAGCCCUACAGGUGUGUCUCAGUCAGGUUCAGUGGCAGAUGGUCCUCUGGGUAGCAUCCUGACUGUUGGGAUUUUAAGGAGAGUAAAACUAAACUCUGACAACCAGACAGGGGAAUGGAAGAUCAGCAUUAACUCUACAAGAUUCUACAGCCUUAAAAUCAUUGGUCAGAGUACUGUGGAUGUCCUCUUUUUCUUUGUGGAGAUAUUUGAGCGAGGUCAUGAAGACUCAUGGGGACAGAGUUUCACCCGCCCUUUUAUUGGUCGGAAUGCUACUUUGUUUGUCUCCGUGACCGGAGGAGAUUCAGUCACAGUGACUGACGUGCUUCUAGUUGAAGCUUCAGGAUCUGGUGUUGUUAAUGGAUCCAUCAAAGCAGUGGGUGCAACAGACUUCCUGGUCAACGUAGACAGAAUCCCAGAGGGGGCAUUUGUGGUCCAACUCAAAGGGGUGUUGAAUGACUCGACUCAAUCUUUGCCCAGUCAAUUCCAGAGACAGUCACCCACCCAAUAUAAAGGAUCUAGAAUAACCAUCACAGCCCAAUUGCAGAACAUUACACUGCCUGGAGUCCCAUUCAGUCUCAACUUCACAGUGGCCUCUAACACUAUAGGCGGCAACUACACUAUCCGAGCCAGGACUGACCUGGUGGAGACUGACAUGUCUUUCCCCAGCUCUCUGAUCCUUGUGGCAGGAGGAAGCGCUCAGGGAAGCAUCAAUCUGACCGUACCCUCCGAAACCGAGUCUGGGACGGCUGUCACACUCAGUAUUGAGGCAGAAGCUCCGGGGUCCACAGACCUCAAUUAUGCCAUAGUGCUACUCACUGUCUCCACAGCAAGUGCUAUUUUCAGUGGAUGUUACUCACUUUGCAUGUGCCUUUCUUUCUCCUGUUUUUUUGUUUUCCAUUUUGUAUGAUUCUAAAUAAUGUUUAACACAGCAAGUAACAUUGUAUGUUGAUAUCAUUACUUGUCUUGAAUUGUCAGGUGUAAAUGAGUCUUUGUGAAUAUUAAAGAAUUAGGUUUAAGGUUUACUACUGAAAUUUUACUCACUUUCUGUAGUAUGUAAACAAGUGUGUUUGGGACUAGUUUUUGUGGGUAAGCUGUGGUUUCAAGAGUAGUGAAGUAUAUACUCUUGAUCUUUUUGCAAGUUUAUUAAAGACACUGUUCACAUAAGAGGCAGCAGUGUUGUAUAAGCCUCUUCUUGGAUCAAGGGCUUUAUUAAACUCCUGCCACAUGAAUGACUAUAAGUUAUAAAUGGCUUUAGACAGUUUGAGAGGAUUCAAUGAAUAAAAUGUUUUGUGAUAUACCACUUAUAAUUAAA